AUGUUUCGUGCUGCAUUCCGAUCUCCUUUCUCUCCGCUCCGCACGUCUGUCGCGACCCUAGGCUCUCCUUCACUCUCUGUUGCGCGCAGGCUCUUGUCACAGGAGGCACGGGCAAAGAUUCAGGACGCCGUGCAUAUCACACCGGUUGUGCUGUUCAUGAAAGGCACCCCCGACGCGCCUCAGUGCGGUUUCUCCCGUGCGGCGAUUCAGGUGCUCGACCUGCAAGGUGUCCCGACAGAGAAGUUGAAGACGUUCAAUGUCCUGGAGGAUAGCGAACUCAGGAGUGGGAUCAAGGAAUUUUCUGACUGGCCGACCAUUCCCCAACUAUAUGUCAAUGGCGAAUUUGUCGGUGGCUGUGAUAUUCUUUUGAGCAUGCACCAGUCUGGUGAGCUCGAACAACUUCUAGAAAAAAGCGGUGUUGUUCCUCCCGUCGUGGAGGAGCCGCAGGCAUCCACGCCUCAGUCGUCUUGA